AUGUGCGAUUCUGAAUUCGCGGCGUUUACGCAGACUGAACUCGGUGCCUCGAUUAUCUCCCCCUCCUCGGACACCACCCCUGAGGACAAGGUUGAGUUGUGUCAGAUGGAGAAAAAGAAAUGUGCGAGACAUAUGUCCUGGCAACAAAUCCGCCAAGAGGAAAUCGAACUCGAGGAGGCUUUGGUACGGGAGGAGAUGAAAUGCCUACAACGGGAGGAGGAGAAGGUUAGGGGGGUUGUGGUGCGGAGAGGGAUUGUGGCUAUGGAAGGCCAGAGGGAGGGGGAGGUUAUUCUUGCAUCCGAUCGGAGGGACGAUGGAUCCGCGCUUGGAGAGGACAAGAGGGAAGAGGAGGAGGUGGUGGAGGUGGAGAGUCCCGUCACCGCUAAUUCCUUGCACGACGCGGUGGUGGAGCCAGUGGCUACGCCGGCAUAUUCGACAGCAGAUGCGGUUGGUGAGCCUGAGGUUUCUACUACUGAGGGUACGCCGAGUGCUACGCCCGUGCUCGAAGCCUCUGCGCCAGCGCCAGACGUGUCUACGAAGACAGAGGUGGAGAUGGAUGAUGUGGAGGGAGUAUCGGCUGAGGUGCAAGGAGGGGAGGAGUAG